AUGUCCUUCAUCUCUGUAAAUGAAACUCAACUGGCAAGAGACCUGUGGCCGGAAGGCAUUGGGCGCCCGACUACCGACCAAGCGCACUUGAAGGACCUUCCCAGCUGGAAGGUAGUUCCUGCGACAUACGAGGGACUCUGCCAGUGGGUCUGCAUCGAUCGCGAGGACGGGCAAACCUCACCUAAAGUUCUCGUACACCCCGAUCACCACGACACGGAGCGGAAGGAGGUAACACUGCGUAUACAAGGGAUCGUGGCGGAGUCCAACCUCAUUGCGCUGGGCAACUGGAAUGGAGACGUUCAACACGCACCCAAGGCGGUACAAAGUCUCACGCUGACUGGCGGCUCUUGCAAGGACGUCUUGGACGCCCAGCAGCACGCGCUAGCCAACAUCCGUGAGCUGAUCCUCAAGCUUCUAUGUCUACCGCCAUCGAUACAACGUCACGGCAAACGCGAGAUUGCACUGAGGAGACGGGUGUUCACGAAGGUCCAAGCGACGUCAACCUGCAAACCAACGCUCACGCUGACCGCGCAGGACGACCCGCUCGGACGUGCGGCAAAAAUCGCUCACAUGUGGAGUGUAGACCAUCGUGUAGUCGUCGGCAUACAGCGCGAGGACGGCGCAAUCGUACGCGCCAAUCCGCUCGUCAUACGGCGUGGUGACCUGGUCGACGUCGCAGUCACCAUUGAAGUAGUCACCAUGCGUGCUCGGAAGGCACGCAGGACCGACAUCCUGUUCUGUCCGCAAGAGGUAGUGAGGCUGGUAUCAGCUGCGAACAUGACAGCGCGCUUCCUGAAGCCGGUUUCUAAUCGUGCCCUGGGUGCACCGUUGGCUGCGCGUCGACCUUCUGGCGUUGUCAGUGGCUUUGAGUUCGUCGAGGAUGGGCACGAGGGAAUGGAGGUCUCCCCUUCUGCGUGA